UUCGCAAAAGGCAAGUUUCUUUCUUGUCUUUUUUUGAAAAAAUAAAUUUUUAAAGAAACGUAGUAUUUUUCUGAAAAAAAAGAAAGUUCGAAAAGUCGCCUUGUUAAAAAAUAAAACGGAAACCAUGAAAUUAUCAUUAAUUUCAUUAGCUUUUGCUGUAAUAGCGUUGGUGGAUUAUACUUCGGCUAGCGUUUGUAGUGCGGAUAAUGUUGGACAACGUAUUGCGUUGCCAACAAGUUGUUCGAAAUUUCUCGUUUGUUCUCGUAAUCGUCGCGUUAUUGUAAGAGAAUGUCCCAAAGGUUUACACUUCAAUCGCGAAUUGGAAAUGUGCGAUUUACCAUCGAGAUCAAAUUGCAGAUAUGCUGAAGUGUUUGCGGCAACAACUCAAUGCGAAUCAUGUGAUUGUGAUGUUUGUUGCAAUGUUGCAACACCAAAACCCAAUACAACGACUCCAAAACCAAAUGAACCAGAAGUGAGCACACCCUGCGAAACGCCAGCAGCACCAACAACAACACCAAAACCAACUACAACUCCAAAACCAACCACAACUCCAAAACCAACCACAACACCAAAGCCAACUACUACUCCGAAGCCAACUACAACACCAUGUGAGAGUACAUCAGAACCAACUACAACUCCCAAACCAACGACAACUCCAAAACCAACCACAUCUCCCAAACCAACCACAACUCCAAAACCCACUACAACUCCAUGUGAGAGUACACCA